UUCCACAAAACGGUUAAGUUUUUUUUUCGUUACACAGAUCGCCACACGAGCAGUUAUGUUUAACACAUGGUUAGCUACUUGGACAACAGCUUAAAAGUACUCUGUCUGAAGCCUGAAGGAGUUGUAGUUUAGUAGCAUAUCAGACUGCACCGGUGAGGUGAAAAUGCCUCCGAAAAAAAAGCAAAACGCAGGACAUCAGGGGAGGGCAAAAGAUCAAGACAUCAGAUCCUUUUUAAAGAAGAGCAACGGUCCUGACUGCAGCAGCCGCAGUACACAGCCAGAUGGAGCUAGAGCCUCUCAGAAUGUUCCACCUAGUCCAGAGAAAGUCAAGGAGGAGAAUAGCCAUGCAUUUAUGGACCAACAUUCACAUUAUUUCACAGUGAAGUUUAGUCCAACUGACCUCAGUGAAUACACCAUUGACUGUGACCAACCCAACACAGUGCUGGAGGCUAUCAAAUCAAAUAAAAAAUCAAAGGAAAUGAUUACAUGUGCAGAUGAGAAUAUUAUCAUUCAGCUGGGUAAAGGGGAUAGGGAAUCUAUUGUUGCAACACAUUUCCUUUGUUCUUGCAUUAGGAAUGGUGAGUGUCUGACCAUAUCAUGUAAAUCAGAGUCGGUAGAGAAGGCUCAAAACCAACAUGACAAAAAUAUAUAUCCAACAGACAAAUAUUCUGUCUUCUACAUUGAUACAGUAGGAGGGAUACACACCAGAACAAAGGAGCUUUUUAGAAACAAUACUGUCAAACAGUUCAAGUUUCUCUGUGUUUACGGUAAGAAAGGGAUGACAGUCGAGGAGGCUCUGAGAAUAGAUGGUCGUUUCAUUGAUAACCUGGGCAACUUUCGUCUGUCCAACAAUGAGAAUCCAAAGCAGUACACAGUACACACACAAAAGGUUGUCAACUUGAACGAGAAAAAGUUUAAGAUAUGUCUUCCCAAAAGGAAAAGUGAUGAACAUAAUAGUCAUGAAAAAAAUGCAAGAAACCCAUCACCUAAUUCACAAAGCAUGCGUAAACCAAGGUCAGUCACAGAUGUAGCACAUCAGAGUGGAGUCAGUGUAAAAACAGCAGUAGAAAAGAGUGGCAUCGACACUGAAGAGAUUUAUGAGCGACUGCGUCAGCAUUUUCCAGAUCUCAAAGAAUGGAUGGAGAGUAGAUUCCCUGGUAAUUCUUAUCAGGAAGCACUGGACUUGAGGAAGGAGAACUUUGGGAAAAGUCCAACAGUCUUUUAGUGAGGUCCACAGAGUCAGGAAGCUGCUCAAACUGGGCGAGUCAGUUUGCAAAAUCAUUGUUACGGAUGUUUGUGAGGGUACAGGCUUUGUGCUGUUUGAUAGGUUUAUUCUGACUAAUGCACAUUUGUUUAAAGAUCAUGUU